UUCGCUCAAGUGGCAGCAAAUACAGCAAGUAUAUUAACAAGUGUAAAUCGCCAGAUUGAAUCAACAUUCAAUCAAUUAUCAACACCCUACGGUGGAACUGGAGGAUUAUACGCCGUUGUGGUUCAAUCAAACAAUGAUAAUAUAAAAGGAUAUGGCCAAAAUUCGUUCGGAUACGCUCCGCAAAAUCCAUACGGUUAUCCAUCACAAAACUCCUUUGGGCGACCUCCUGCACCACCACCACCAACAUAUGGGCAACAAUAUCCGCCGCAUGGUCAUCCGCCAUCGCAUGGUGGAAAUUUUCCGGAACACCAUGGACAUCAUCACCAGCCACACGGUCCACCUCCGCCAUAUGGACCACCUCCUCAUGGUCCACCACCUCAUGGUCCACCUCCUCAUGGUGCAUCAUCUCAUGGUCCACCAUCUCAUGGUCCACCACCUCAUGGUCCACCAUCCCAUGGUCCACCACCAUACGGUCAAGCAGUAUAUAGUGGCUCUUAUCCCCAUCAUCACGGAUUUCAGCCAGGAUCAUCACAAAUUACACCGAAUAAUCAAUUUGGAAAUAAACCAUUUGUACCCCCCACAGGAGGUUUUGGACAAAAACCAUUGAGCCCGCAAAAUCCUUUCCCUAAUCCUCCCAAUCAAAAUCCGCUUGAGACUGUACUUCCAGUUUCAACCACAAUCGCACCUCCUACUUCUAUGGCCCCUGUUUCACAGACUCCAAGUCUACCACCACCUCCUGUUCCUGCGCCCCCUCUGCCACCAGUUCCUGUACCACCACCGCCAGCCAGGGGUCCAUUACCAUCCUCUCCCGCUGUUACAAUCCCUCCAACGAUUGCAACGACUCCCAGUGAAGACAUCGAAGACGUCACAUAUGACAUUGACAUCCGCGGAGAAUUCAAUGAUACUGCAACAGCCAGGCGUAGACGUCAGGUUUUACCAAAUCUAUUCAAUUCAAUCGGUAGCCUCGUACAGGCUGGCGUUAAUCUUGCAAAUCCUGCGAACUACCAGCAACAAGGACAACAGUCCCAGCCCAUUCUACCUAUUUUAGGAUUAUUUGGACAACAGCAACCGGCUACGCAGAAACCAUUCAAUGGUCUUCCGCAACCUCAACCUCAACCGCAGUCACCAUUCCAACCACAACCUCAGCCUCGUCCGCCACCACCACAACCGCAGCCACAAGCUCGACCUCCACCUCCACCCCCAAUACGUCCGCAACCUCAGCUGCCUCUUCAACCACAACAACGACCUCAACCGCAACCGCUGCAACCUCAACCGCGACCACAAUAUCAACCUCAACCCUUGCAACCUCAAGUACCACCUCAGCCACCACAACAGCGACCUCAACCACAACCUCUGCAACCUCAACCGCGACCACAGCUUCAACCUCAACCCCUGCAACCCCAGGCCUAUCCCCAACCAAGUCCCCAGCCUCAACCUCUAUCACCGCCAGCUCCAGCACCUCCUCCGCCACCACCAAACUUCAACUCAGCGAUCCCGGAAUUCAACCUACAGCAGCUGGGCAACACCGAUUUCACCUGGACGCACGAAAACAUCGGCGCCAGCCGAACGGCUCGCCGCGCACGCCGUGAUUCCGAUGCCAUCUUCUUCCCUACCGAGGAAGAAGAAAUACCAUCCUAUCAAAAACGACCACCUCCCAGAAAACCGCACAGACCUUCCAGCGGAUCGCAAGCCGCCUCCCAAUCUACGUCCCAAAACUUGUGGGGAGGCUUUCAGCAAAGCAAUGGUUCACAAUCUCAAUCACAAUCGACUCAAAACGAGUUAGGAACCUUCAACCAAAAUUCCGCAGGAAGUACCUCCGGUAACGUGGCGGUCGAUGGAAGUUCCGGCCAGCUGAGCGCUGCCAACACUAUGCAGCAAAGCUUCGAAACGGCUGACUCCUCCGGUAGUAAAAAUACUGCCCAGAGCCAGUCGGCCAAUUUCGACAAGGAAGGAAACCUGGCGUUAACCUCUUCCAACGCCAAUACCAACUCCAUUCGGGAGAAGGAUAAGUUCAAGGAACAAUCGAACGCUGGGUCAUCAUCCACGCUCCAAAAUCAGCACGGUACGUCGUCCAGCAAUGCUCAAACCAAUUCGGAAACGUUCUUUGAAAAUGGAAUUCAAGGUAACAAAAAUUCGGCAUCAAGUCAAUCGCUGCAGACCAACAAGGACGGAUCGGUUUCCGGGUCUAAUUCUAACACGAUGAGCAACACCUUCACCGGUCCAAACGGGCAGCAGGGGUCAUCAUCGUCCAGUCAAUCGUCGAGCUUCAACCAGGGUGGUGGAGCUGCGGGAACUGCAGGCAGUGGAGCUUCAUCUUCGGCGAACUCUUCUGGGUCGUCCAGUAGCAGUAGUAGCAGUAGCAGCAGUAGCAGCAGUAGCAGCAGUGGCAGUGGCAGUGGUUCCUUCAGCAUUAGUGGAUCCUUUGCCGGAUUACCGUCAUUCGGAACUUUCCCAAAUAUAUUUCAACAGCUUAAAGGGUAG